GCUGAAUGAUGAAUGCAGGAUUUUCAUUAUAGUAUUUUUAGAUUGUUUUACUAUACUCAACUGUACUUUUACUGAAGUAAAUGAUCUGAGUUAUUUCUUCCACUACUGGCUAUAACUACAAGGAAGAUGAUUUUUUUUUUUUUUACUCAAAGGCACUCAUGUCAACCUGCUGUAUAAGUAGAGCUCGUGCUUUCUGUGCAGGAAUAUGAACCAUAAUAACCAGGUACCAAUCUGCUCUCUAAAAUCAUCACUUGCAGCUUGUAAUUUUUCGCAAUUAAAAUCCUAUUUCUCCAUAUUAUCAUGAUGAUUGCUGAUUGAUGAGCGGUGGUGACUCCCCAUCUCUCACCUCCCCUGGUCCUCCUCCCUGCCUCCUCACCCCUCCCUCUCUCUCCCACACACACACACACACACACAUGCAUCCAGACCGACCCCCCUCCCCCCCUUCCAUCAUUUUCCCAUCUCUUACUCACUCUCUUCUCUACAACAAACAUGGCCGCGAAAUCUGAUGGUGCACCCGUCUCUCUCCGAAAUGAGCUCCCAGCUGAGUGUGCCUCCUCCAGGUCGGACCCGCGGCCUCCCCAGCAGCGCCUCGCCGAGCAGCGCUACUCCCUCCCGGACUGCUGCUGGACGCUCUGCGCCCUCCUGGUCUUCUUCUCGGACGGGGCCUCAGACCUGUGGCUGGCCGCCGACUACUACCUAAGGAGGUACUACUGGUGCUUUGCUCUGACUCUGGUCUUUGUGAUAAUCCCGUCCGUGGUCGUGCAAGUGUUGAGCUUCCGAUGGUUCGCUUACGAUUUCUCGGAGAGCGUCGACAGCGGCACCGCUGCGGCCGCCGUGGUGGCUGCUGCUGCGGCGUCUGGAACGGAGGAGAGCGGCGACUUCAGCACCAAGGACAGCGGCGAGGCGGAGCGGGGCGCUGGCCGCCCUGCCUCGGUGGAGGCCGGGGCUGGGGCCGGGGCCGGGGCCGGGGCCGGGGGGCUGCCAGGGCCGGGCACCGGGGGAGGAGCCCGGGGCUGCUGCAGAGUCUUCAUCUGGUUCCUCCAGGCCAUCAUUCACAUCUUUCAGCUGGCACAGGUCUGGAGGUAUGUCCACGCCCUGUAUUUGGGCGUGCAGAGCCGCUUGCACCGAGACCCUGAGCGCCGUCACUACUACUGGCGCAUGAUGUUUGAGAGCGCUGACAUCAGCAUGCUGCGUCUGCUCGAGUCCUUCCUGAAGAGCGCCCCUCAGCUGGUGCUGCAGCUCAGCAUCAUGAUCCAGGCCAGGCAGGUGCUGCCCCUUCAGGGGCUUUCAGCUUCUGCCUCGCUGGUAUCCCUCGCCUGGAUGGUCGCCUCCUAUCAGAAAGUCCUGAGGGACUCCCGAGACGAUAAGCUCCCCAUGACCUACAAGGCCGUCAUAGUUCAGAUCCUGUGGCACCUGUUCACCAUCGGCGCCCGCACUCUGGCCUUCGCCCUGUUCGCCUCCGUGUUCCAGCUCUACUUCGGCAUCUUCAUCGUGGCCCACUGGUGCAUCAUGACAUUUUGGAUAAUUCAAGGCGAAACGGACUUCUGCAUGUCCAAAUGGGAGGAGAUCAUCUAUAACAUGAUGGUUGGCAUCGUGUACGUUUUCUGCUGGUUCAGCGUGAGAGAGGGUCGCACCCGCUGCAGGAUGCUCAUCUACAGCCUGACUGUGUUCGUUGAGAACGUGGCGCUCACCACCGCCUGGUAUUUGUACCGCGACCCUCGCUCCUCAGACUUCUACGGCGUCAUCAUGGUGUGCGUGGUGGCCAGCAGCUACGCUCUGGGCACCUUCUUCAUGUUUGUGUAUUACUGUCUGCUGCACCCUGAUGGCCCGGUGUCAGGGUGGGGUUAUAUUGUGGAGAAGGAGGUGCCUGUGGAGUUGCUGGCGUCCCCGGUUGCCAGCCUCCCUCCUGACGUGGUGAGCAGCCCCCCCAGGACCCUUCAGAGAACUAAAGGGUCAGAAAGAGAGCAGGGGUCCGGGGUGGAUGGAGAUGUGUUUCAGGUACGACCACCUCGAGGAGCUCAAGCCCCAGUGCCCAACCUCACACCCAGAACAGAGGGGCCAGUCAUCCGAAUAGACCUGCCCAGGAAGAAGUACCCCGCCUGGGACGCUCACUUCAUCGACCGACGGCUGCGCAAAACUAUCCUGGUGCUGGAAAGCGCCGCCCCGGUCACGCCAAGGAUUCAGUACCGCUGUCUGGGCACACCCAAAGAAGUGAUGGAGUACGAAACCACCGUGUGAUGUGCUUGAAUGGGCUGUGACUCAGCUCGCUGCCGUGCGGACACCCUGCCUUAAAAUAAAGUGGCAGGUGGAUGACUCUCACUGAGCAGUCUGUUUCAGCUCCACGCCUACUUGAUUGCUCUCUGUACUGUCAGGCAGUGGAGACAAACAGGCGAAAGGACGGAGACGGAGUGUGGUGUCUUUAUUUUUUACAAAGGCAAAGUGCUGUGAUGUUUCGUCUAAUGAUGGUGCAUAUUUCGGUUUCUGUAUCAUUUCUCAGGUCAGGGCGUGGUACAGGAAGAGGUCGACGUUAGCAAAAAAAAGCUUGCUGUCCAGUGAAGUUAGAGAGAAGCACAGGAAGGCAGAGAAGUGGAGCUGAUUGUCAAUCAGAGGCAGAAAAGUCCUCCUCACUGAAGGUGCUUCAGCACCAUCCUGUCAAGGCGGACAACAACAGAGACGAGCCUUCAACAUGCAUGAUUAUUUAUGGCAGCUAGAACUGAAACAUCACUGAACAAGAUGGGUGAGAGGCGUUUUAAAUAUGGUGAACUCGCACUGUAAUUUUAAAACAAUAAAUUACAAUAAAAACAACACUGGCACUGAUGAUCAUAAUCAUAAUUUUCCAUAAUUACUCACUCAUGUUGAAGGAGUCUCUGAAAAUGCUGCUUUCAUAUCUGAAGGGCAGUUCAAUAGAAAACAUUUAAGUUGAAUGUAAAAACAGUUGAAAAUGUGAUUAUCUGUGACAAGGCUUCGGGCAUUUUACAUGCUGUUAGUGGGAUUUACAACAUUCCUGUGGUACUAUAUUUGUUUUUUUGAGGUAAGCUAGAACAAAAAAAGAGAUUUGUGUGUGUUUACAAGCAAUCUGUUGUUUUCGGGACAUGCCAUCACUAUUAUUCCAAUAAGAUGCACCUUCGUUCAGAAUGUGUACACUGAACAAUAGCUACAUUAUGAUUUACAUUUACAGGAUGUAUUCUACUGAUAGGACUCUCAACGGUUGUAUUUUCAUACUGCAUCCACCUUACACAGCAAAGGAAACAGGACUUUAAUUUCCAU